AUGUCUUUGGCUAAUGGCUGCGUGCCACUCAUCGCCGGCGGUGCUGCUUGCGCAGCCUCCUCCCUGCGCCUGGGGCCUCGAGAUCUCACGGUGGCUGUGGAGCUCUCUGAUCUGGAGAAAGGCCCACAAGAGCCCGGUGUCGCUGAUGAUGGGUCACCCAUUGUCGAGGCAGAUUUGGCCCUGCAAGACAUUUCCUCCGAUGAUGAGCGGAAGAAAGGCACACUGUGGUUUGGGGCCAACUUUUGCCGAAGGAGAUACAUCCUAGAACCUUG